CGCACUGGUUAACUUCACAGUUUGGCGAUGAACCGCUCUGCGGGCGGUGGAUACGAGUGACCCCGAGUGACGACGGCAAAAGCAUCGACGUCCGACGGGCGUUCAACAACGACGAGAAAAGGACGGAGGAGAGGACGUUGCGACGCCAAACCAACGUUAACGUGCGAGCGAGAUUUGUCCCGUUUUAACGCGCGUUGGUGUUGUGCUUUUUGAUACCGCAUAUAUACACACACACACGUACGUACACAAUACACACACGACAACGGCAUCGUGUGUGCGUACGUCUGCCGCCUGUACAGUCCUAUCGUCUGCCGGAAGAAGCGCGGGGCCGCAACUCGCGCGCGUAAGCGACCCGUAUAUGCUCGUAUAGUAGUCGCGUCUCGCGUGUAAAAAAGCGAGUGAGCCAGUCGUCUCGGCCACGGGACAAAGAAAGAGAGAGAGAGAGAAAGAGAAAGAAAGAAAGAAAGAAAGAAAGAAAAAGAGAGUAGAGGAAGUGAUCGCAGUGUGCGCGACGAAGAUCGAGUGCGCGAGCGAGUGUAAGAGGCGAGGUGGGGCAGGCGGGUGUAAGAACGAGAGGAAGAGCGCGAGCGAAGCAAGACAGAGAUAUAUAUAUAUAUAUAUAUACACACAUAUAUAUAUAUAUAUAUAUGUAUAUACAUAUAUAGUGAGAGAGAGAGAGAGGCGGUGACUCUACGUAAGAGAGAGAGAAGCGGACACGCAAAGGAGGAACGGUGAGUCCAGACUGGCUACACGAUAUAAGGUGUUUCUAUAUGUGUCGCGCGCGCGAGAGAACGAUGCUUUCGUAAAAAAAUAACUUUCAGACGAGUGCCGCGUGAUACGCAAAGUCGUGUGUCAUUCUGUUUUUUUUUUUUUUUUUUUUUUUUUUUUGUAUCUCUCGUUUUGUUCGUUUUGCGUGUGUUUUGUUGGUCUCGUUGACGCUCUUCGAUCGCGCGACGAGGACUUGCUCGUUUUUCCCUCCCGCCUCCGUUGGUGACAACGAUCACGUUGUGUGGAUCGCGCGCUUCGUCGCGAUCCGCCGCGUCAACGCGGUGAUAUCCACGCCGCCGUGUGGCGGCGCCGAUCGAUAGCCGCGAUCGAUAUCGGUAUUCUCGCGCGCGUGCGUGCGUAGAGCUCUCGCAUAAUAUCGCGUCAAAUCUUGCCGCACGCACGGGAAAAAAAAAAAACUUGUGCCGAAUGAAAUUACCGAACAAAAAGCCACGUCGUAAUCUACUUCAAAGUUCGGAUUGAGUCGAGGAGUAAGAAAAAAAAAAAAAAAAAAACGGCGACGCAGAGAAGAGGAAAAAAAAGUAGGAAAAACAAGAGACGAAUUCAAGAUAGAGGGAGAUAAUCAUCGCGACAGACAAGGACACGACGAGCACUCGACGGUUGCUCGCUCGUCGUCGAUCGUCGUCGCGGCGGAGUUGCCGCGCGCAAAGCAUCGACGCGUGUCGACGAGAUCACGGAACAACGACGGUGCGGCCAGUAGCAACAACGACGGCGGCGACGAGGACGACGACGGUGGGAGCAGCAGCAGCAGCAGCAGCAGCAGCAGCGUCAACGGUAUGGACGAAAGUCAGCUGUUGAUGACAGAACUUCCGGCGCCGUUGACACCGAGUGGCGGUCGCGGUGGCACGACGUUGCUGCAUCGUCCGGGUCAUUUCUACCACCUGCAUCAGCCGCACCUGGCGAUACCGACGCCACAGAGUCAGGCGAUCCUCCAGCACAACUCUACGGCACCGCAUUACACCACGGACGGGAACGGUGCCUGCGGCGGCGGCGGCGGCGGCGGCGGUGCCGUAGGAGGUGGAGCAGCCGCGGCUACCGCUGGUCUACCGGCCUACGCGAUCGGUCAGGGCGGCAGCAUCUCCUCGCGGCACCAAUUGCAUCCACAUCAGACGCAUCCGCGUGGCAACGCGACGUCUCACGGCCCAAUCGCCAGCACUCAUGUGUCCUGCCUGUAUCCGGAAAUACUCGCGCUAAUUUUCAGUUACUUGGAUGUCCGCGACAAGGGACGUGCCGCGCAGGUAUGCACCGCGUGGCGCGACGCCGCCUACUAUCGUUCGGUCUGGCGGGGAGUGGAGGCGCGACUACACCUGAAGAAGCAGGCGCCAGCGUUGUUCGCCAGCCUGGUGCGACGAGGCGUUAAGAGGGUACAGGUGCUGUCGCUGCGACGCAGCCUCAGCGACGUGCUCAAGGGUGUGCCGAAUCUCGAGGCGCUCAACCUGUCCGGCUGCUACAACAUCACCGACAACGGUCUCAUGAACGCCUUCAACCAGGAGUACCCGUCCCUCACCGAACUCAAUUUGUCGCUUUGCAAGCAAGUGACGGACGCGUCUCUCGGUAGGAUAGCACAGUUUUUGAAGAAUCUCGAACACCUCGAGCUGGGCGGUUGCUGCAACAUUACCAACACCGGUCUGCUGUUGAUCGCGUGGGGUCUCAAGAAACUGAAGCGGCUGGAUCUGCGAAGCUGCUGGCACGUUUCCGAUCUGGGUAUCGCGCAUUUGGCAGGUCUGAAUCCGAAUGCCGCGGAUUGCUCCGUCACGGGUAACCUCGCCCUGGAACACCUGAGCCUACAGGACUGCCAACGGCUGAGUGACGAAGCACUGAAGCACGUGUCACUCGGCUUUACCACCCUCAAAUCCAUCAACCUGUCGUUCUGCGUGUGCAUCACGGACUCCGGCGUCAAGUAUCUGGCGAGAAUGUCUAGUCUACGCGAGCUGAACCUGCGCUCGUGCGACAACAUCUCCGACAUCAGUAUGGCCUAUCUGGCCGAAGGCGGUAGUCGCAUCACCUCCCUCGACGUAUCCUUCUGCGACAAGAUCGGCGACCAGGCGCUCGUGCACAUCUCCCAGAGCCUGUUCAAUCUCAGAUCCUUAUCCCUGUCCGCGUGCCAGAUCAGCGACGAGGGCAUCUGCAAGAUCGCCAAGACUCUGCACGACCUCGAGACCCUCAACAUCGGCCAGUGCAGCCGUAUCACCGAUCGGGGUCUGCAUACCAUAGCCGAGAGCAUGAGGAACCUCAAGUGCAUCGAUCUGUACGGCUGCACCAAGAUCACCACCAGCGGUCUCGAGGUGAUCAUGAAGCUACCGCAGCUCAGUACAUUGAAUCUUGGUCUGUGGCACGUGCGGUGAUGGCUUUUUUCGUGCCAGUGUGUUCGGAGCGAACGGCGUUAUCAGGUCGACGGCGACACUUCGUGGCGACUAUUCAAGAACGUCGUCUUCACGCGCAUGUUCCUGCCGCAGGCGGUAAGUUGGUUGUUCCUGUUCGGGAUACGAAGUCGCCCGAGCGUCUUCGACAUCGGCAUUGUCAACGUCUACGGCGAAUAGCGUUAGCGUUUUUCCCGCUCGAGACGGGAAAUUUUUGGGUUUAAUUCCUUAAGAAGGAUGCGAGGAGAAGGAUAUAGAGAGAAUAGAGAAGAAAAAGAAGAGUGGGUAGCGCUUGCUUUGGAAAGUCAACUUUUUUGUUUUCAAGAAUGUAAUAUUGUUAUUUAAAAAAAAGCCAAAAAACAAAAAAAAAUGAAAAACAUUUCGUCGAUAACUCCGCCUUGCGAUGAUAUUUUCAGUAAUUUAAACUGUAGGUCAUCAAGAACUGAAAAGUCUUUAACUAGAAACAUCACAGACUGGCGUCCCGUGAAUCUACCAACAUUUUAAUUUUUUAAUUUUUUUUUUUUUAACCAAAGUAACGGUCAAAACAUGUCGCAAAUAAUGUCUGAAUUAUGCUGAUAUUCGAACAAAUGAUGUUAUAUAUACAAGAUGUGUAUAUAUACAAGAUAUGUAUGUAUACAAAAAAUUCGGCAAAAAACGUGCUUCUAGUAAGCAGACAAAACCGAGUUGUACCGAGUCUCUUUACCAUUUUUUAAUAAUUAAUAAAUGAUUUGUUAAAAAGAUCCUCUUGAUACGAUUUGCAGUUAGUGUCGUUGGUUAGCAAAAAAAAUAUUAUAACUGGAGAGAAGUGGCCAAAACGUGGCAAAAACCGGAUCUUCGAUUCAAUAAACUUCUUUAUUUUACAACAUUUUUUAACAAAUGUUUUGACCCUAAAUUUGGGUCUUCUUCAGUGUUAACAAAAUUUGUAGUUAUAGGAAGAACUCGUCCAUCUCUGCUGUGUAUAGCCGCUAACAAUAUAUAAUACUAACGUCUCGGGGAUGACAUUCCGAAAAAAAAAUAUCGUAAUAAUUUAAAUAGUGUAAUAAUGUUUGGUUCUUGAUGAUCCGUAGAGUUUAAAUUACUUAAUAGUACCAUUAUCCUGUUUGAGAGAAAAAAUGAGAUUUCCUUCUCCAUAAAGCGCCGUCUCGAGCGUCGUGGUGUAUGUACACGUAUGUACAUUCUUCCGAUCGUGAUUCGCGGAUGUCACGUAUCAAAGACGAUCGAUCGUUAGAUUAAUUCAACGCUUUUCGAUUUGGUUUCUUAACCCGAUCAAAAACUCGCAAAAAUUUAGGAAAAAUAAAAAGCACAUCGCGGUGUGUCUCUGCGUUGUUUCUCUCUCUGUUCGCUCGCGUUCGCGUCUAGAACGUCAGAACUGACGACCGCUCACACGCGAAAUGACACGUAGAAAACGUACACGUCAUUGAUAUUAAUUUGCAUCUAGAGUUUGAUGCAAUUUUUCUACAGGAUUCGAUGUAUUUUAUAUAUCAUUUAUUGGUGAGAAAGAGAGAUGUCGAUAAAUCGAUAAAUAAUGAUUAAAAAAGUUGUGUAUCCUGCUAUAUAAACUUUGUUCCAUGUGUAAAACAUGUUUUGAAAUUACGUUUUAUUGCCUUUUUUUUUUAUUUUUUUUUUAUUUUUAUUGUGACGUACCGAAUUUUAUUACAGUGCGUCAAUUUUUUGUGUUUAGAUACUUCAGAUAUACAUAUAAUUGUGUGAAUCAACUUUGCACAUUGAAACUUAUGAGCAAGAUAAACUUAUAAAAUUGAUUUUAUAUUAUUUUUGUCUUAUAUAUACAUAUAUAGUCCAACCUCGAUAACUCGAACCUCUAUAACUCAAAAACCUCUAUAAGACGAAAAUUUUGUUCGUUCCCUUCCGCUCCGCGGAAAGGAAAAAGGAACUUCGAUAAGUCGAAACUUUUACAAUUCGAAGAUUUUAGCUCUUCCCUUGAGAUUCGAGUUAUCGAGGUUUGACUGU